GGCGGUGUGCUUGUGCGCACGCUUCGAUUAUCGAUUGAACCGCUUUACGGGUUCUCUCUGUCUCUCUCCUUCAUGCCCGACACAAAAGCGAAUUCGUCGUUGUCGUCGUCGCCGCUGUCGCGUAACUGCUCCGAAUCCUCAUUUACGCGAGCGUGUCCGCCGCGGCGCCUCGCCUGCUGCCUUUUUCUUGGGAGCGGCUCUCGUAAAUCGCGCGUAACUCGCGUUCUCGCGUAAUAAACUCGCGGCGCACUUCGUGUCGUACGCAGUGCCGUGUCGCGCGCGACGCGACGGCGAGACCGAUGCGAGACCGGUAAAAUCGCGCGAUUCGUAUCGUCGUUCUCGCCGCCGCCGCUAUCGCUACCGCCGCGGUGCGAAAAUGCGGUAAAGUGAGCCACGGAGCAACCACAGAGCCAACCGUCAGCCAGCCAGCACGCGCGCGAGCGAGCGAGCGGUCUGUUUCGCGAAAGGAAAUCGGCCAUCUUGCUUUAGUGUGUGCUUAGACUCCGCAACGGACGGGCUCGUCUCCGUCAGCCACUCUUUUAACGGUUGUGCGUGUGCGGGCGGUGGCAGGGCAUCGGCGAAUAGUAGCAACAGCAAUCCAGUAGUGAAUCGCGAGCCGCAACAGAACCGCGCGCACACGCUUUGGUAUUCGUGGAAGAAAGAGCGAGGAAGGAGGAGGGAGAGAGCGAGAGAGAGAGAGAGAGAGAGUGCGCGAACGAGCGAGAUCGUGCGUCGAUUUCCGAGCGGCGUAAUCGCGGCAAUCCGGCGGGAUGGCGGGCAACACGGGUAUGGAACAAUUGAUCCCGAUCGUGAACAAGCUGCAAGAUGCGUUCACGCAACUCGGUGUGCAUAUGCAGCUCGAUCUGCCGCAGAUCGCGGUGGUGGGCGGCCAGAGUGCGGGCAAAAGCUCCGUCCUCGAGAACUUCGUCGGCAAAGAUUUCUUACCCAGGGGUUCAGGCAUUGUAACCAGGAGACCUCUUAUCUUACAGCUGAUUAACAGCACAACUGAAUAUGCGGAGUUCCUGCACUGCAAAGGGAAAAAGUUUGUUGAUUUCGAUGAGGUACGGAAAGAGAUUGAGGCAGAAACAGACAGAGUGACUGGAAGUAAUAAGGGUAUCUCUAACAUACCAAUCAAUCUUAGAGUAUAUUCACCCAAUGUCCUAAAUUUGACACUGAUUGAUUUACCUGGGCUCACAAAAGUACCAAUCGGAGAUCAACCAGCAGAUAUAGAGUCCCAAAUUAAAGCAAUGAUCUUUCAGUUUAUCAAACGUGAGAAUUGUCUGAUAUUAGCUGUGACACCAGCCAAUACAGAUUUGGCUAACAGUGAUGCUCUUAAACUUGCUAAAGAGGUGGAUCCACAAGGUGUACGUACAAUUGGUGUCAUUACUAAAUUGGAUCUCAUGGACGAUGGCACCGACGCGAGAGAUAUCUUGGAAAAUAAGUUAUUGCCAUUGAGAAGAGGUUACAUUGGUGUUGUCAAUAGAAGUCAAAAAGAUAUAGAAGGCCGGAAGGAUAUAAAAAAUGCUUUAGCAGCAGAACGAAAAUUCUUCCUCAGCCAUCCGUCUUACCGUCAUCUAGCAGAUAGGCUGGGCACGCCGUAUUUGCAGAGAAUUCUUAAUCAGCAGUUAACAAACCAUAUCAGGGAUACUUUACCGGCUUUAAGAGAUAGAUUACAGAAACAGCAGCUAACUUUAGAAAAAGAUGUCGAGCAGUACAAACAUUUCAGACCUGAUGAUCCCGCAAUCAAAACAAAGGCUAUGUUACAGAUGAUACAACAGCUUCAGUCGGAUUUCGAGAGAACUAUAGAAGGUUCGGGCUCCGCACAAAUCAACACCAAUGAGCUCAGCGGCGGCGCUAAAAUUAACAGACUCUUUCAUGAACGUUUCCCAUUCGAAAUUGUGAAGAUGGAGUUUGACGAGAAAGAACUUAGAAGAGAAAUUGCAUUUGCCAUCAGAAACAUACAUGGUAUCCGGGUAGGAUUAUUCACUCCAGAUAUGGCUUUUGAGGCAAUAGUCAAGAAACAAAUAAAUAGACUUAAAGAACCAAGUCUCAAGUGUGUAGACCUAGUCGUACUAGAACUUAGUAAUGUUGUACGCAUUUGUACAGAUAGGAUGUCGCGUUAUCCUAGACUAAGGGAAGAGACGGAACGUAUUAUAACCACAUACAUCAGGCAGCGCGAACAAAUGUGCAAAGAGCAGCUGAUCCUGUUGGUCGAUUGCGAGCUCGCUUACAUGAACACGAAUCACGAAGAUUUUAUCGGUUUUGCGAACGCUGCAGCCAGUAGCCAUAAUGCAAGUGCACAGCAAUCCUCAGAAAAUGCCGUUAAGGCUGGUCGACACACAUUAGGCAAUCAAGUAAUUCGCAAAGGCUACAUGUGCAUACAUAAUCUCGGUAUCAUGAAGGGCGGGUCGAGAGAUUACUGGUUUGUCUUGACAUCGGAAAGUAUCUCCUGGUUCAAGGAUGAAGAAGAACGUGAAAAGAAGUAUAUGCUGCCUUUGGAUGGGUUGAAGUUGCGUGAUCUAGAACAAGGCUUCAUGUCGCGGCGACAUUUGUUUGCGUUAUUCAAUCCAGAGGGAAGAAAUGUGUAUAAGGAUUACAAGCAGCUGGAACUCAGUUGUGAAACGCAAGAUGAUGUUGACUCUUGGAAAGCUUCGUUCCUGAGGGCUGGUGUGUAUCCCGAAAAAUCAACAGAACAAGAAGAUGGCGAAGGAGAGGAUAAGCAGAGGGAAGGAUAUGAGGAUGGAAUAGAAGGUCAGUCAUCGAUGGAUCCUCAGCUGGAACGUCAAGUGGAGACCAUCAGAAAUUUAGUGGAUUCCUACAUGAAGAUUGUCACGAAAACUACUCGUGAUCUAGUCCCAAAGACAAUUAUGCAUCUUAUUAUUAACAACGCUAAGGACUUCAUUAAUGGGGAACUGUUGGCGCAUCUUUAUGCAAGCGGCGAUCAGGCUUCUAUGAUGGAAGAGUCUCCUGAAGAGGCGCAGAAACGGGAAGAAAUGUUGCGCAUGUAUCACGCAUGCAAGGAAGCCCUUCGUAUCAUCGGCGAUGUCUCUAUGGCCACUGUUUCAACUCCCGUACCACCGCCCGUAAAAAACGAUUGGCUGGCAUCCGGCGAGAAUCCAAGUCUUGGAUUAUCGCCACCAUCUCCUGGUGGUCCAAGACGCGGAGUGACACAGCCACCACCUCUUUCUAGCUCACGAGCACCACCACCAGUACCUGCAGGGGGCCGGCCGGCGCCAGCCAUCCCUAAUAGACCCGUUCCUGGUGGACCACCGCUAGCGCGAGCUAAUCCAGGCCUACCUCCACCUAUGAUACCAUCGCGCCGACAAUAAGUCUUCGCACUAAUUCUCGCCUAUUCGCUACUAAUCAAUACGUAUCCGUUGCAUAUAAUCGGUGUAUAUUUUACACAGAACUCACCGUUUCCUAAAUAUGUUACCGUACUAUCUGUCUGCAUUACACUGAUCACACACGGAGAUCACGAAGUCGAUGUUAAGUAUAGGGGUGUGAAGAUCGCACGGGAAUUAUCGUUCCAAUUGUAUUAGUGUUGCACUGAGAGUCUUGAGUUGUCGAUUCUAAAUGAGCUUCCAACCAAUUUCAUUUUCGCACGUUCCAUCUGCGUGACACGACAACGAUAUAAUUUUUAGGUGAUUAUUCAGUGAUCGAUUGAUAUUCAAGAGAAAGAGAAUAAGGUGUAACCGUGGCAUUUCUCGAUACGGUAUUGUUUCUGUGUUAUUUGACGUUACAUAGCGUCUGUCAGCUGUACAAUAAUUUUAGAUGUGUAUUACAUGCAUAUGUAUAUUCUAUGUACAAUACGAAUCUUCUCUCGCGCGGAGAUCGACACACCCUCUAAGUGUAGAUGUAUCUUAGCGCCGAUA